UUGAAUGAGGCUUGAGUGAAGUGGGUUGUACUUUCAUUCGAGCAGUCUCGCUACUUUUUACCGUUACUUGAGGACAGACGAGCUCCGUCCUGGAUCUGACCAACUCCGGACUUUAAACGCGUCAAAAACUAAAUCCACCUGGGUUUUAUAGAUCAUUUUUCGUCAGGCAGGCACACGCACAACAGAAUCCGAUGCGGGAUUGUCUGCGUGAGAGUCUCUGCGUGGAUUUUAAAACGACAUGCUGGGUUUAACGUUUGAGUGAUGCGGCGGUGAAUUCCUGUCAGGAGGGAAAUGAAUCGGCGCGCGGGAGCGAUCGCGUAACUGUUGCUGCGGGAAAAUGAAGAGAUAACUCAAAUAAUACGCGUGGCUUGGACGUGGGCAGUAACUAAAGAUGAAGAGGCGCUGGUGGCGAUCUGGCUGUCUGGGCUCUGUGAUCGGCCUGUUCAUUUUCUUCAUCCAAGUUUCGGCUCAAAACACUGAAGACUGGCACUAUGAGGAAUGUAAGUUAUCUCGGUCGGGUCCGCCUGCUACUAUCGUCACCAUUGAUGAGGAGAGUCCGAACGGCACAGUUCUUGUGGAAAACAUGCAGAUCAACGGUCGAGCACAAGAUCCAGAUAGAACCAUCUCCUUGACGCUGCUAGAUAACUAUGAUUACUGGGUUAUCCUUGACCCCGCGAUGCAGAGACUGUAUCUCAACAGCACUGGACGAGUGCUGGACCGAGACCCACCCAGUUAUAUCACCACCAUCGUGGUUCAGGUCCAGUGCACCAAUGAACUGGUGGGGACAGUUAUUCUGCAUGAAGUACGGAUAGUCGUAAGGGACAGAAAUGACAACACGCCUGUUUUCCAGCAACCUCGGUACUACGUUGCGGUUAAUGAGCUCACUCCAGCCGGUACCACCAUCUUCACCGGCUUCUCGGGAAACAACGGAGCCACGGACAUCGACGACGGGCCAAAUGGACAGAUCGAAUACGGCAUUCAGUACAACCCAAAUGACCCGAUGUCUAACCGGACUGUGCGGGUCGCUGGGACUCUGUCUGGUAACAUUGUUUUGACAGAGAGACUGAACUACGAGGAGAGGACUCGCUAUCUAAUUAUAGUCCAGGCCAAUGACCGGGCUCCGUUUCCAGGAAGUCGUCGCACGGCAACCACCACACUAACCCUGGACGUUUUAGAUGGAGACGAUAUGGGUCCCAUAUUUCUCCCAUGCCUUCUGGUCAACAACACUCAGGACUGCAGCCCGAUCACAUACCGCGUGGUCAUUCCAGAGCUCACAGACCCGAGCAAGCUGAACCCUCUGAAUGUGACUCCUCCAAUUCGGGCCGUAGACCAGGAUAGAAACAUCCAGCCGCCCUCGGACAGACCCGGCAUUCUGUACUUCAUACUGCUUGGUCAACCACCUGCUUACCCAGAAUUCUUUUCACUCAACAAGAGCACAGCUGAGCUACGCCUGCUGAAACCAGUGGACAGAGAGCUGUAUCAACGCUUCACUCUCACCAUUAAGGCUGAACAGGACAAUGGUCACCCUCUCCCGGCAUACGCCAACCUGGUCAUCGAAAUCCUGGAUGAGAACAACCAGGCGCCGUAUUUUCAACAGCCAUCUUACCAAGGCUUCAUCAGCGAGUCAGCCGCCGUUGGCACCACCAUCUCAGGGAACGCCAACCUCACGGCCCCAUUGGGCAUCAUAGCGCUGGACAAUGACAUAGAGGAGACCAAAGAUCCACAGCUGCUGAUUACAAUGAACGAUUACACCUCCAUCUUCACCAUCACAUCUACUGGCAUCACACGCUAUCUCACCCUGCUGAAACCAGUGGACAGAGAGAAACAAACCAACUACACCUUUACGCUGUUGGCGACUGACGGUGUUCAGCAGAGCCGACCCGUGACUUUGGACAUCCUGGUCAUCGAUGCGAAUGAUAACACACCCACUUUUGCUCAGGUGUCCUACAGCGUGGAGGUCUUCACUAAUAUGUUGCCCGGAGAGACCGUCCUACAGCUUUUGGCUCAGGACACUGACGCCGGUUUGAACGGACUGAUCACGUAUGCGAUACUGGCUGGAGAUCAGGGCGAUUUCAUCAUCAGUAACCGCACCGGUCGAAUCACGUUAGCACCUGGGGUGAUGCUUGUCGUCGGGCGUUCAUAUGCGCUGACCGUGAGAGCAUCAGACAACGCUCCUGACAUUGAGAGAAGGAGCUCCAUAACUACAGUCUACAUUGAGGUUCUUCCACCCAACAAUCAGAGUCCUCCACGAUUCCCUCUGCAGACGUAUCAACUGGAGAUCAGUGAAGCCAUGAGGAUCGGAGCCAUACUGCUAAACCUGCAGGCUACAGACCGCGAGUUGGAUCCCAUCACCUACCAGAUAGACAGCGGUGACCCACAGCAGGUCUUCAAUCUCUCGCGAACUAUAGGUCUUCUGCUGCUGGCCAAACCUCUGGACAGAGAAACCACAGACCAGUAUCGCCUCAUCGUCACCGCGUCUGAUGGCCAACCGGGAGGGAUGUCCACAGCCACCGUAAGCAUCAUUGUGACGGACGUUAAUGACAACGACCCGACCUUUGACCUCACUCACCCCCAAAACCUGACAGUGCAGGAGGAGCAGGCCAAUGUUUUUGUGGGUGAAGUCAGAGCCACUGAUCCUGACGCCGGUCUGAACGGGCAGGUCCGGUACCGCCUGCUUUCCCAUGCCUCUCUCUUCUCCAUAAACUCCACGGGCACCAUCGUAACGGCGGUACCGUUGGACAGGGAGACUAGGAACCGGUACGAUCUGAUCGUGGAGGCGUCCGAUGGUGCGGUAGACCCUCGCCGGACCACCAUCACACUGUUGGUAGAGGUGACAGACAUCAAUGACAACAGCCCUGUGUUUUCACAAGCCACAUACAUGGUCAGCGUUCCGGAGAACACACCGGCUAGAACCGUCAUUCUGAGAAUCGCUGCGGUGGAUGCUGAUCUCGUCUCUAACGUGACCUACAGAAUCAAAACAGAAGCGGCCCGGCAGCUCUUUGCCGUGAACAGACUGACCGGCGCCGUGUCUGUCCUGCAGGCUCUGGACUUUGAAGACUUGGCAGGGAACAGCACCUACACCUUUGAAGUUGAGGCGCUGGAUCACGGAGGAACCCUGCCUCCUGGCACGGCAACAGUCAUCGUUAGAAUCACGGAUAUGAAUGACUUCUCGCCGGUCUUCAGUCAGGCGCUGUAUAAAGGGGUGGUUGCUCCAAACGCAGAGAAGGGAACCGUCAUCGCCACUGUGUUUGCAGACGAUCAGGACCCUCCCGGUAUGGCCGCCAGUAAAGUGCGCUACCGAGUGGAUCAGGAGCAGUCUCCCUACAGCGGCAGUAUCUUUGAUGUGGUGCAGGACACAGGCAGAAUCAUCACCAAAGUCAACCUGAACGAGCAGCCCACCGCUGUGUUCAGACUGGUGGUGAUCGCGUAUGAUGAUGGAGAACCGGUGAAGAUGAACAGAACCACAGUGGAAAUCACGGUUCUCCAGCCAUCCAGGAUUCCCAUCUUCACCGAGGAGGAAUACAGGUUCAGCCCGGUGAGCGAGAGCGCACCUGUCGGUACGCCGGUGGGACUUAUUCUCGCGGCAGCUGUCAACACCACAGUCUUUUACUCUAUAGUGGAUGGAAAUCAGGGAGGGGAGUUUAUGGUCAAUAACCUCACUGGAAUCAUCUACACAAAUAAAUCACUGGACUACGAGAAGGUGACCAGUUACGUGCUGCGGGUGCAGGCCGACUCGCUCGCCAUCAUCCUCGCUAACCUACGCGCUCCCUCCAAAACAAACACAGCGAAGGUUUUUAUCGAAGUACAGGACGAGAACGAUCACCCGCCGGUUUUCACGAGGUCCCUUUACAUCGGCGGAGUGACUGAAGACACGAAGACUUUCACCACAGUGCUGAAAAUUGUGGCUACAGAUGUCGACACGGGAAACUACAGUAAGAUGGCGUACAGACUGAUCAUCCCACCCACGCCAGAGGGACAAGACAGUUUCGUUAUUGAGACCUACACGGGCGUCAUCAAGAGCGCUAUCAUGUUAAGAAACAUGCGCCGGUCCUACUUCAAGUUUGAGGUCAUCGCCACGGACAACUACGGACAGGGGCUGAGCAGCAGAGCCGAUGUGGUGGUGUCAGUUGUGAACGCCCUGGACAUGCAGGUUGUGGUCUCAAACGUGCCGCCCACUGUUGUGGAAGAGAAUAAAGAGCAGCUGAUUGCUAUUUUGGAACGCUACGUGCAGGAUCAGAUCCCAGGUGCUAAAGUGAUAGUGGAGUCGAUCGGCCCCCGCCGGCAUGGUGAAGGAUAUGAACUGGAGGACUACACUAAAUCUGAUCUGCAGGUGUACGCCAUCGACCCUCUAACCAACAGAGCCAUCUCCAGACAAGAGCUCUUCAAGUUUCUGGAUGGGAAGAUUCUGGACAUCAAUAAAGAGUUCCAGCCGUACCUGGGUGAGGGAGGACGGAUUCUGGAGAUCCGUUCUCCUGACAUUGUGGCGACUGUGAAGAAGGCUGCGCAGGCAGUGGGCUACACAGAGGGGGCGCUGUUGGCCCUGGCCAUCAUCAUCAUCCUGUGCUGCAUCCCUGCCAUUCUCAUCAUCAUGGUGACGUACAAACAAUUCAAAGAGAGGCAGGCAGAGUGUGCCAAAACCGCCCGUAUCCAGAUGGCGCUUCCUGCGGGGAAGUCGAUGGCAAGCGCCCCGACCAACCUGUACGAGGAACUGGGAGACGGCGGCAUGCGUGGCUUUGGCAGACAGCAGCAGCUGUUGAGACCGUCUCUGCUUCGGCCUGAGGCCCUCUCCAUGGAAUCAGGGAUCGACCCUGGGCAAGACUACUAUAGCUACGAUCAAGGAUAUGAUCCGUAUCCAACUUACGGUAGUCGCAGGAGGCUGAUCACACCGAUGUAUGAUGAAUAUGGAGAGGCCAUCGUGGAGGAUGAAGGGUAUUAUUAUAGUGGACCAGAGGCUGGCAAAAAGAAGAGAAUCAAACUGAUCUUGGAUAGAGAGUACGACACGACUUCCACAGGAGAGGACAGCGGGCCAGACGUCCAGAGGAACCGAAUACCCAACGUUGCCAGCCACAGUAACAUCAACGGUUCGGUGUACCUGGCCCAAAACGGUACCAUCAUCCGAACAAGAAGGCCCCCUUACCCCAACAACCUAAAAAUGGGCUCACCCGUACGAUUAGGCAAACAAUUUAAAAAACUGGAUAAACUUGGUGUCACACAUGAAGAGCAGUUACCUUUAAAUGGGACAGGAGAUAAUGGGCCCAAUGUGAGCAUCACCACGGCUCUUUCCUCUGUAACUGAUCACAACCUUAACUCCAAAGACUGUAGCGUAACGGGCCCCAACAGCAUAGGGCCCAAAUCCAACAUUGAUAAAGCCCGUUUGGAGCAGGACAGGGGGCGCUGUGAGCAGGAGUCCUCGGUGGACAGCGGGGGGAUUAAAGAGUCCGUCGAGUCACCGUGUGAGCAGAUGCUGACGUCUGAUGAAGAAGAGCUCUGGAUGGGUCCCUGGAACAACUUACACAUACCAAUGACAAAACUCUGAUUUCUGCUUUUACUAAUGCUGAUUGUACCGUUUCUUUUUUUAGUGUUUUUCUAUGUUUCAUUUGGUUAGAGACGACCUUUCUGUUGUGCACACUUCAGACACCGACUCAGCAAUGUGGUUGUAUUAUUUGUAUUAUCUUUUUUUUUUUAAAGAUGGCUAUUCCAGUUCUUAUCGUUGGUGUCAGAGAAAUUGUUGCGGAAGACAGGGCUAUUCUGUAUGAAUUACUUCGCCUCAAGAUGGAACGGUUUUGCAAAUGUAUAAAUCAUGCGGUUAAAAUGAUUAGAUGGUAUCUGAUAUUUCACAAACAGAAAACAUAGCUGAAAUGUUGUCCAUUACUUUGAGGUGUGCGUUUUUUUAUCAAGUUAAAUUUGACUCCUUGAAAUUCUGUAUAACCAGAGACUGCUGCACUGAUAAGAGUUAUUCCUCACGAUUUUUAAUGGAUGUAUUUUUUACAUUGAGAAUAUAUAUAGUUGUAACAGCCCUAAUAUUUUGAAAAGAUUAUUUACAUAGAUCUAUAAAUAUAUACACGAGUAUAAAAUAUAUAUGUAUUUUGAUAACUUCAACUAUGUGUUAUAUACAAAAUGUUUUACAUUCUUUGUCAAGAAAUCGAAAUAAUUAAUUUAUCACUUCUCUCUUUUUUUACUUUGGGUCGAAUAAAUAAGAUUUGGUUAAUUAUCAUGAAUAAAAAUGUGAACAUGUGCAGAUAAGGCAAACAUGUUUAUCAAUAAAUUAAUAAUAAGCAGACUUUAUUUCGGAUUGUAUUCAUAGUGUUUGAUGUACUGUAUGUUAACAGUUUGUGUUUUUCUGCAGAGACUGUCUGUCAGAUAUGAGUCAUUGGGCACAAGCUCUGAAUAUAAUUGUCUCUCCCAACCAUUUCUCAUCUGUCCAUCAAAGGCUGACUGCUCUUUCAGAUAUGAAUGUUUGUUUAUCCAAAUGAUGAUAGCUGUCUGGAAAAUGGAAGCCUUUGAUAAAGACUGAGGGUUUCAGACUGUUCAUUAAAGC